ACAAACACCUCCUCUGUGAAAAAUCCAAUGGUUUUCUGCAAACCCCAUUGGAAUUCGAGUUCCACCACAGCCAAAGACAGCUCAGCGCCAUCACGCCGGAGUCCACAGCCUGAUGUCAUCUGUGUUCACACGUGGGGGCUCCAGGCUUAGCCACUUCCUGGGAAGGCGGAGCUCGGUCUAUGAUUGGCUGGUCCCACACUGGGCCCGCCCCUUGCCGCUCUCUGAUUGGCUGGUUCCUUGUGCGUUCUCCAUCUCCGCGGCAACGCCGGUUUCCGCUUCCGGUAUGGAGGGGAAGCGGCCUCAGUUCGGGAACCGGCACCUGAGCGACCCGAGUCGGGUUUUCCAGCACAAUGCCUGGGACAACGUGCAAUGGACUGAAGAUCAGGAAUCUGUAGCUAGAAAGAAAGUUGAAGAAAACAGUUGCCAGCCCGUGCCAUCUGAUAAGCAAGAGGAAUAUGAAAAUAAGGCCAGCAGCUUUUGGGACGAUUUCUACAAUAUUCACGAAAAUAAAUUCUUCAAAGACAGACACUGGCUGUUUACAGAGUUUCCAGAAUUGUAUUCACAUGUCAGCGCUCCUCACGGGACAGAUGCCGGAACAGAGACAAACACAGAAGUGCGUGAUGGCGUACUAGGUUCCCUAGCGGAGACUUUCACAGGCCUUGGGAUUAGAGAAGAUGGGGGGGAAGCUUACCAAGGAGCUUCUUCUACCUACCGCAUCUUGGAGGUGGGCUGCGGCGUAGGGAACACAGUUUUUCCAAUUCUACAGAACAAUACUGACCCUGGCCUUUUUGUCUAUUGCUGUGACUUCUCCAGUACUGCUGUUGAGCUUGUGAAGAGUAACUCGCAAUAUGAUCCUUCUCGCUGCUUUGCUUUUGUCCAUGAUCUCUCCGACGCUGAGGCUUCCUACCCCGUGCCUGAUCAGAGUUUGGAUGUCAUUGUCCUGAUUUUCGUGCUGUCUGCCAUUCUCCCAAACAAGAUGCAGAAUGCAAUAAACCGCCUCAGUAAGCUACUGAAACCAGGGGGGUGCAUACUUUUGCGGGACUACGGCCGGUACGACAUGGCUCAACUACGCUUCAAGAAAGGUCGCUGUCUGUCUGACAAUUUUUAUGUAAGAGGAGAUGGGACGCGAGUGUACUUCUUUACACAAGAUGAGCUUGAAGAUCUGUUCACGAACGCAGGUUUAGAAAAGGUGCAAAACACGGUGGACCGAAGACUACAAGUGAACCGCGGGAAGCAGCUGACCAUGUACCGCGUGUGGAUUCAGUGCAAGUACCGUAAGCCUCGCGAUCCUGUGAAUGGUGCAUCACCGUGAUCUAAGCACAGUCUCCGAAAAAGGCAGCGUCUUCACCGCGACCCUGUAAUGGUUGCAGCUGGAAGGCACAGAGAGAGUUGCACAGAUCUGAUAAUGAUGUGAUGCUACAGAGCAGCGAUAUCUCUUUAUUGCCAUUUACUGUGCCUAAACAUGCACCAGUCUUAUCCAAGAACAGAGCUGUGUUCAUGUUGGCCCUUACAUUGGUGGCCUUGCAGUUCAAUGAACUGACAUUUUAAAGAGUGGAAACUGUUAGACUAUUUUGUUAAGGACAAGUGACAGUCUGUGUCAUCAUAAACUGUACUAUGAUGUCUGAUGGCCCUACUCACCUGGCAACAAUCUACUGAGAAACCAGUGGCAACAGAGUAUAUAUGCCUUACUGUCAUAGGGUCUUUAGAAACCACGCAUUGUCAUUAGUCUUUUAAGGAUAAGUAAUUCCAGUAACACUCUCUCUUGUUCUUGGAGUUUACUGCCCUAAAAUAGGACGGACAAUGCAGAACAGUUUUAUUAAAUCCACUUUUUAUCAGUACUGUAUGUAUUUUUGUGUUUGAUUUUUAAGGAUUCAUGCAGGAAUUAAG